AAUUUUGGAACAUUAUUUCAUUGACUAAUCACACGCCCAUUAUUUCAUUGACUAAUCAAAAUGGAGAAAUUUUGCUCCUUUUAUUCUAAUUGGUCAAUCAAAUACUACUCCAAUGAAGGAUUUUUGAACACAAUCCUGAAAUUCUACGCACAUUUCUCCAAAAAAAGUAACAAUAACAUCGAAAAUCUCAUGGAGCGUUAGAUUAGAUUUUUGCCUACACGUGGAGUGUGUUAAAAUUUAUAAGCAUAAAUAGGUAAAUAACCUUCUUUAUUAAUGAAUAAACAUAAUAAACGGAUAAAGGAAAAGAGAGCUAAAUUGAAAAAAAUUAAAAAACAACUGACAACACGAAAGAUAAAAAAGAAAUAUUCUGUCAGCAAAAGUGAAUUUAUGUUUGCUUCUGAAAAUACUGCUAUAAAUUUGAUCGAUAAUAUGGAUAUUGAUAAUGCGCAAAAUAUUCAUUCAGAUUCUACAGUUGAUUCUAUAAGAUGGAAUAGUUCUCAGGAACAGAUAGAUGAGAAGAUAGAUAAUGAUUGGAAGCUGGAUAAUUCCGAAGAAGAGAUGGAAGAAGAUAUAGAUGAUUGGACUCAAAUUGCUCCGAAAGAAAAAAGAAAUAUAGAAUCACCACUUGUGAUUGAGAUGCAUUCGAAUGAUGUUAUGCCACUAAAUUUACCACAGAUAUUUAAACAAGAGCAAGAGACAAAAGUAGAUGAGGAAAGAUUUUACAAUGACAUGUUUAAAGUAGAUGCAUCAUCCAGUGAAGAAGCGUGCAUUCUAGUUGCUAAAUCUAUAAACUUUAAGCAUAACACUCACAUACAAGCACAAACAUCUAUGUCAUCAAAUACAGGUGAAAAUAAUGAAACCCAAAAUAAAAUUGAGGAUAAACUAGAAAAUAUUAGCAUCAAUAAUAUAAACAGUUCUAAGAAAAAUCCUACAUGUAAAAAACUCGAUAAAAAUAGAAUAUCUGUAAAUUGUAAUAUAGAAAAGUUGCCGCAAAGCCCUCUUAAAAGUAAAAAUCGCACACAUCAGCCAUCGCGGAACAAAAAAGCACCAGAAUUUUAUUGCAUAAGAAACAUAGUCAUUAUUAUAAUGAAAAGCAAGAAUAGAUUAUGCUUCACUGGUAAACUGUUGGUAAAAGUAUUAUAUGGCGCUGUGCAAAUUUACGGGUACAUAUUAAAUAAGUCGACCAAUACUACAAAAGUGUAUUCUCCGCGAGGAUACAGUAAUAUUACUAUAGAAACGAGCAAGAGAGAAAGAUAUUCCAAAGAUAGUAAUAUCGAUGAUAUCUGGACAGCACUCGCCACAGAAGGCAUCACUCGAGAUUCGGAAAGCAAAUUGCAAGUCGACAUCGAUAAUGUUCGACCAGGAGACGCCGUUCUCGUGUUGCAGAAUUUCGAAGAUAAUUUGACGAUUUUUCUGAAAACUUAUUUUCCAUACUUCAAAUUAUUUCCAGAUGUAAAUAAUUUCUCCUACUAUCCUUGGACAGAUCCCAAACGAGCCGAGAUAAUAUUGCAAGCCGAUCUACAUUUCGAGCAAUACAAUAAUUCCAAUUACAAACGAUUGAUCGUCGAUCCGUAUAUCACUACUGAUAUUGCGCAGAAAAUGUUGAAUCUUUGGCGUGCGAACCAAUGGUCUUGCACGUUGAUUGCUGGCGGUAAAAACGUCGGCAAGUCCACCAGCGCGCGAUAUUUGAUCAAUAGUCUAUUGCAUACAUGUGCAAGGGUGAUCCUGGUGGAUAUAGAUCCCGGUCAAGCAGAAUGCACGCCGCCCGGCUGUAUCUCGUACAGCUUAAUCGAGGAGCCGCUAAUGGGACCAAAUUUCACGCACUUGAAGAUACCGGUUUACCAACUAUUCAUCGACAACGUAAAUGUCGCUCAAUGCGUCACACGCUACCUGGAAGGUGUUAAGAUGCUGAUUGAGAGAUUAAAGGAGAAUCCCGAACUAUCCCGUUUACCUAUUGUAGUAAAUACGAUGGGUUUUACGCAAAAUUUAGGUUGGGAUAUUGCAAUUUUUGCGAUAAAACUCAUCAGACCGUCGAUAAUCAUGCAAAUUAUGUCGUCCAAAAAGAAGAAUAAUUAUAAUAAUAUCUUCAGUGUGGAAGUCGUAAAUAAACAGGAAUGCUCGUGGGCGUUUUGCGACGAGAAAUUUAUCGAUUGGAACAGACCAUGCGAGCACGACUUGUGUGUAAUUCAAUCUCAAGUCGAAGGCACCGUAACGCAAACGACAAUGGAUCAAGGACCAAACCAGUGGAAUAUGGAACCGUAUCAGCAACGCGAGCUCGUCAUAAUGUCUUAUCUCAGCGAUAUCGUACGCGACAAUGAUUCUCUUCAUUACAACACAAGACUAUCGCAUAGCAUCAAUCAAGUAAUGCCGUACACGGCGCCUUUCUCUUCCCUCUGCAUUAUUCCUCAGCGAUUGUUUGGUGUACCGGCAUCGCGUGCUUUGAGCGUCAUAAAUGGUAAUAUUGUAGCUCUGUGUGGUAUAGAUUUAACGGAGGAAUCUUCUCAAAACUCAACAGAUAUCUCCACUCUUCGGGUACUGACGCAAAGAUCGCCUUUAUGCACAUGUUACGGUUUCGGAAUAGUUCGGGGUGUUGAUAUGGAACAACAGCAAGUAUAUAUAAACACGCCAUUGCCGAUAUCGAUCAUGCAGCAUGUUAAUUGUUUAGCUGGCUGCAUUCCCGUUCCUCCGAUGUUGUUACAAUUGUAUCCAGGCGCACCUUACGUAAGUAGAAAUGUAACAUUACCGACGAGUCGCGAACCGCGCAAAGGAUACUUUCGAAUGAGAUAUCGAAAAAAACAGAAUCCUAAUAAAUCUUCAUAAUAAAAUUGUACAAGUAUAUAUCCUACAACUUGCGCCUUCUAAAUGUUCAUUGAUUUUCCAUUGGAGAUGAACAUGGAGAGGGAGCAUUUUACAAAUAUAACAUAGUUGUAG